AUGUCGGGGAGUGCUCAGGAGGGAGACGGUGCAUCAGUGGAGGCUGGGCCGACGCCGUCUCAAGAUCUCUAUAGAGAGAAACCAGCGAGCACUGUGGUUCGGGUCCUUACAGUUCUCGCGUAUCUCCUCUCAGUAUCCUUGGCAGCAAUUCUCCUCUCAGUUUACUACAUAUGUGUGUGGAAGUCGCCGGAUCUUCCGCUAAACGAGAGCUAUGAGAUGCUUAGUGCAAGACGUGGGGAUCACCAUGAUUAUCAUCCAGCACUGACGCUUGACAGUUCUCCGUACAAUCAUAUAGGAGGAAGCAAUACCCCAGUAAACGAAACAACCACUCCACCCAUACUAGAUAGCUACGAUAGUGUUACCAAGACCAAUGACACCGUUGAACCGACGUUCUACUUCAACGAAAACUCGACCUUAUUAAAUCCCAGCAAUGAUAACGAAACCUCCACAACUGAAACCUUCAACGAAACAACGGUUACA